AUGGUGAGCCCGACUACGGACGCCAACACCUCCAGACCGGCAUCUGGGAUGGUCUCCCCCAGGCAUGUGAGGUCAAGGACACAGAGUAUCUCCAGUGACAGACCGUCAUCCAUUGGAUAUGGUUUGGUCUUGCCCCCCGUGUCCAUCUCCCCCCAGGCCGCCUUCAUUGCCUCCAGUGCCGCUUCUCAAAUUAUUACAAACGAUCAUGACAGUCACGCAGAUGCCUGGUAUGAUCAGAACGGCAUUGAACCUGCGGCGGAAACUGCAACGGUGUCGGCCUCAGCUCUGCAACUUGUGAACAGCUUUCUUGACCAGCUCCUAUUCAACGUGCUUCAAGUUUCCAAGUCUACCGCACUAUCUGCCCUUCGCCCUGCCGUUAUUGAGGUCCUGAAGCCGAAACUUGGCAAAGAUGCUGUCAGCAACGCUGACGAAGAGUUGCGCGAAUACCUUGGAGGCGCAAACGAAGAAGACUACGGACAAUUCCAAGGAUCAAGCUUAUCUCGGAGUUGGGAUGGGGAGCUUGCGUGGAAAAGAACGAGGCUUCGGUGCAUGGUUUAUUCAUCAUUGGGGGACAUGGAAGAAGAGGACGAGGAUGCCUACAUGGAAGAAGAGAACCUUGACAUCGGGGCGCACGAACAAAUCUCCGAUACCAUCUCUCCCCCAGUGGCAAUCUUCCUUACUUCUGUCAUCGAGUAUAUGGGCGAACUGACCCUGACAGUUGCCGGGCAAGCCGCAUACCAACGAGUUCGAUCAAAGAUUGAAAAGGAGCUCAAGGACGGUGCUCGCAACACGAGUGACCCUGCAGAUCGCAUUGUGGUUACCGACUUGGACAUGGAACGUGUUGCACUUGACAGAACUUUAGGGCGCCUUUGGCGGGGAUGGAAGAAGAGAAUGAGAACUCCAACAACCGACAUAGCUGGAAGCCUGUUUCCAAAGGGACCACCGACCCCAUGCAAGCCGGAUCAAAUGCAACCUGCGCACGAUUUUCUAAGCCCCCCCAAAUCUGCAACUAGCGACUCGGGGAGUGAGUUAAGGGAUUCUCAGGAACAUUUCGAGGGCCCCAUCAUUGAGCAUGUCCAACCUGUGGACAUCCCGCUCCCCCUUGGAGACAAUGAUGUGGAUGAGAUUGAGGUUCCGGGUCUUGCGCAUUAUAGCGACGAUGAAGGUGACGACGAAAUGGACGAUGAUGAAGUGCAGGUUAGAAAGCGUCCAAAGAGUCUUUUGAUCAGCUCGUCUAUGUUUGCGAAUGGACUCCCGACCCCGACUAAGUCACAGCCGCAUACACCUACUGUACCCAGCAGACAGCGCUCUACGUCACUGCCGACUCCAAGAGUCCCUCACUUUUUCCCGAAGACCCAGAGACACAUCCCAUCAUCAACCCCAGAGUCUGAAGCGGACCAGGACACUCUAGCCGAGAUUGGAAUUGCGAUGAGUACACACGGUCAUGGGAGUCCCUCAGAGGCAAAUGCUGAACCUAUUGCUGCUAGUGGUACACCGGCUACAAAAGAUGUCGAUGCACGAAGUCAGAGCUCAGAGUCGGAUUAUGACGGUACAGAGGAAGUUGCGUUUGAAAAAGCUGAGAUAAUGACUACUUCGCGCAUUUCGAUGUCCAGCAGCGCUCAGUCCACAGACUCCGAUAGUAAUGGCAAGGCAACUCCUUUGAAGAGGUCGUCUAGUGUGCACUCCGCACGCAUCAUUGACGUACCUGCACCGCGUUCUCCUGCACGCUCGCGGCCAACCUCAUUAGACGCUACAGAACAGCUUCGCGCAGUUAGAGUGUCUGGCAUUGCCAGUGGUUUUUCAAAGAUGGCAGCUUCAGAUGAGCGGCUCAAAGCCACCAGUAACGAAACCCCAAUUAAAGCAGCAAUUAGCGCGCUCCCCCCCCGAUCAUCGCACGAUAAGAGAAAGCCUUCCGCCAGCAACACGACACCAAUCUCCGAACUUGAGGAAGAGGUAUCUCAGAAUUUCGCCAAGGCUGUAAACCAGCCGGACAGCUCGGCAGAUGCCGCGGAGAUGGAAGCAGCUGGCAGCACAGGUUCUGCAAUGUCACAGCGCAAAAAAGGAAUGCCCGUCACUCUAAAUACUAAGAUUCAAUCUUCAAAGUACGAACAGUCACCUGUGAGUGCAAUGGCUGUUCUUUUACCAGCAACACCCGCGACGCCGGACAUUGAAAAAGGAAACCUACCGGAUCUGCCCAAGAAGGCCUCUGUCCAUUCGGGUUGGAGCAGCCCUAAGCCUGAAACCAAAAGCCGUCUUUCAAUCGAGCGCACGAGAACUCGUGAAUCAGAUGAACUCAGCCUGCCAGCGCAACAGCAAAAUACCUCCGGCUCUCGCCAAGUUAGCCAAGCCCACACCUCUGCUUCUUCAGUGUCAUCUGGGGCGUCCCGUCUUAAGCCGGUGCGAACCUCAGAGGACAGCUCUAGUCGCUCGGAGAGUGUAGCUCGCAAUUUCGAAGAGCUCAUCCAAAGCAACCAAACUAUUACAUAUACCCUUACUCCUGAGAAUAUGCGUGACGUUGAUGCGAAACGGUCUUUGGAUAGUCCGGUCGUAACGAAGUUUGCUCGUCGCAAGAGCGAGGACGCCCGAGCUCAUCAAUAUUCACCCAAGGCGUCCCCAAUCUUGACUCCUUCGGCCGCGGGCAAUUUACCCUCUCCCCGCCUGCCUCCAUCUCCAGCCAGUCCCAAGAUUGUGGAAAGCAAGGCCAUCAUCAACCCUGCUGGUCCAGUUCCUCGAGCACCAACCACCGUAACAGCGUCCACAGUCCGGGACAAUGGAGCCACAGCUAGAGAGGCGCGCGUUCCACCAGACUCAGCGUCCGAUUUUGCAGAAUUCAUCAAGGCAACGGGACCGGCUGACGAAACCAAAUCGUAUACUGUGCCGAAACUUGGAUCUCCUCCCGUAAGCUCUGAUAAAGGGUAUAGGGAAUCUCGACGUGCCUCUGCUACCGGCAUCAUCAAUCGCUCGCGCUACCAGCCUCGUGACGCGACUGUGGAUGGCAGGGUCGAUAACUCAGAUCUCAUUGACUUUAUUCGACAAGGACCGCCAAUAGCCGCAAGCAAUCAUCGAAUCCCUCGUCAUGUUGCUCCUUUUCGCAAUACAAUGGACUCGGAUCAGAUGUCUGGAGCUAUUGGCGGUAAAGCUAUUGAUGCAAAUAUCCCUGACAUUCGCAGCAGUCGAACGUCCACAAAUGUAACAGAAAGCUCUAUGCCGUCGAUGCAAUCAUCUGUGAACUCCAAGUCGGCAUUGAUUAAACACAAAGCCCCGAAAAUUCCAAACAAGGCCUUUGAUGAUGAUAACAUGAUGCCUAAGCGAAAAACAAGGAGGGUGCGCGACCCCUAUGCUAUAGACUUCAGCGAUGAGGAGGGGGAAGUGGACCAGUAUGACCAUGUCUUGGAUACACCCAAACUCCCAGUGAAGAAAGAGGAGAGCCUGGCAGAAUUCCUACAGAACUAUGAGCCACCACCGGAGCCUGUGUCUACACCGGCUCCCCGGUUGCCAAGGAAGAAAGCUAGUGCGCCAAGCUUGAUUGGGAGGUUUACUCGCGGUAGCAAGGACAAAGAGAAAGAGAAGGACUCAGCAACGGUCAAAGGCAUGCCAGAGGUACGAUCGGUGAGCCGCGCCAGCAGUGGAAGAGGAUAUAUCCCCAUUCAGGUCAACAUACCUCCAGGAUACGACAAGUACAAUCCCAUGAACGGCAACAUUGGAGCUAACCGAGCCCGAGGACCGUCAACAACUUCUUCAACUGCAGGUAGGGUUCCGGUGAAGAAAUUUGAACCGCGCGAGGCGGCCAGCAAGCGAAGUGAGACAGCGGAUUUGGCUGCCUUCUUGCGUGAGUCGGGACCGCCACUUAAUAAUUCGCCCAUGGCGAUUAACCGGAGAUCUUCUCAACAAGAGGACAGUGGCGGGUUUACCAAAAUGUUUGGGCGUAGAAAGAAGCCCCUCGCCUUGUAA